AUGUUCAAAUCCAGAUUCCUAACUCAAAAAUCGUGUUCCUAUCAUAUCUGGACUCAGCCCACCGGCCACAACACCUCAAUCAACAUUUACAAUUGCGUAACGAGAAAAAUCGAACCCCUAAUAGUGAAAAACAAAAAUGCAGUUACUUGGUACACUUGCGGCCCCACAGUGUACGAUUCCUCGCACAUCGGUCAUGCUAGCUGCUACGUGAAACUGGACAUAAUCCAGAGAAUAUUGAAGAAUCAUUUUGGUUUGAAUUUGGUCACUUGUAUGAACAUCACAGAUGUGGACGAUAAGAUUAUAAAACGAGCCAUCGAAUUAAAGGUGGACUAUAAAGAAGUGUCCAAGCAAUACGAAAAAGAAUUUUGGAAAGAUUUAGGCGACCUAAACAUCCCUCAACCUGAUGUAGUAGUUAGAGUAACAGAAAAUAUGCCUUUAAUAAUUGAUUUUAUCAAAAAGCUUGAAGAAGAAGGCUACGCCUAUAAAACCACUGACAAUUCAGUUUACUUUGAUUCUUCUAGAAGUUGCCAUUCACCUGGCAGGCUACAAAACAUUAACGAAAUCGUUUUGGUACCGUCAAACCCUCACAAACUGGCACCUGCAGAUUUUGCCUUGUGGAAAAGCUUGAAGAACCAAAACGAACCAUUUUUUGAUAGUCCUUGGGGCAAAGGCAGACCUGGUUGGCAUAUAGAAUGUUCUACAUUGGCCUCGCACAUUUUUGGUUCAAAUAUUGACAUCCAUGCGGGAGGUUUGGAUUUGAGAUUUCCUCAUCACGAAAAUGAAGAAAUUCAAAGUUGUGCAUUUCACGAUAAUCACCAGUGGGUGAAUUAUUGGCUGCACACUGGCCAGUUGCACCUUAAACAUUCAACGAAAAUGUCUAAAAGUUUAAAAAAUACAAUUUCUAUUCAGGAUAUGUUAAAAGAUGUUGAACCUGAUGUGUUUAGAUUGACUUGUGUAAUGAAUCAAUAUUCAAGUCCUAUGGAAUAUCAUGCAGAAUUACUAGAUACUGCUAAAAAUGUUUUGAAAUGUUAUAAAAUUUUUUUGGUUGCUUGUAGGGAAGUUAAACAAGGAUUUAUUAGGCCUGUUUUGAAUAAUGAUGUUUUGUGUGAAUUGUUAAUGAGGUCUGUUAAGGAAAUACAUGAGGCUUUUUGUGAUAAUUUCAAUACUCCUCGAGUAAUUCAAAUUUUAAAUCAUAUAGUAUCAAAGAUGAAUUGUAUGAUAAAUUCAGCUGCAAAUUAUCAAACCAAGACUACUGAUAAUGUAUAUUAUCUUGUGGCUAUUGAAAAUUUAGUUUUAGAUACUUUAAAUACUUUUGGACUUGAUUUUGAUGAGGCUAAAAAGUUGCAAAGUGAAGAUUCUACAGAAUUUAUAAAUUUGUUGGUGCAUUUCAGGCAAGAAGUUAGAAAUUUAGGUUUACAAGAUAGAAAUAAGGAUUUGUUGAAGUUGUGUGAUAAUUUGAGAGACGAUUUGAAAAAGGCUGGAUUGAGCAUUAGAGAUCAUGAAAAACUAUCUUCUUGGAGUAGAUAA